GUCAAGAUCUGUGGUAGAAUAUAAUUUGCCUUCUUAUAUAAGCAACACAAGUUCAGUUCUUUCUUCCUCAAGCAAAAUAUAUUUCAAUAAAGGCAGCAUUUGAUUCAGACCUCUCAGUUCUGAAAUAUGAGUACUAAUGUUGAGAAUUCUGUGGGCAGAAGUCUUUGUGAUCUUGCUCCACUUGAAGCCAUACUAUUUGAUAUAGAUGGAACUUUGUGUGAUUCUGAUCCAAUUCACCUCAUUGCCUUCCGUCAAGUCCUUCAACAGAUGGGGUACAAUGGAGGAGAGGCAAUAGAUGAAGAAUUCUAUAUGAAGUAUAUUAAUGGGAAACACAAUGAAGAAAUUGUUUCCUCCAUUUUCCCUGGUGAUCCUGAAAGGGGCAUCAAAUUGGUGGAUGAUAAGGAAGCUCUCUAUAGAAGAUUGGCAAAGGACAAAUUGAAGCCUAUAGAAGGGUUACAUCAAUUGAGGAAGUGGAUUGAAGAUCAUGGCUUGAAAACUGCUGCAGUGACCAAUGCCCCAAGGCCAAAUGCUGACCUCAUGAUUGAAGUGCUUGGGCUUUCGGACUUCUUUGAUGCUAUUAUCAUUGGGCCUGAAUGUGAGCACCCUAAGCCAUACCCACAUCCUUACUUGAAGGCACUUCAAGUUCUUAAGGUGUCCAAGGAUCACACUUUCAUAUUUGAGGACUCAGUAUCAGGAAUAAAAGCUGGGGUUGCAGCAGGGAUGUCUGUUGUUGGGUUGACGACCCAAAAUCCGGCCCAUUUGCUCAUGGAGGCCGACCCAAUUUUCUUGAUUAAAGAUUUUGCAGACCCGAAACUUUGGGCAGCUUUGGGUGACUUUGACAAAAAUGUUGCAUAAGAAAAAAACUAUACCAAUAUGCACCAUGUAAUACUAAUAAACUAUGAAAUAAAGAUUAAUACUAUUAUUAUCUCCAAAUAAUUAAGAAAAUUUUAUA